AUGGCGGCGCGGGGGUGGCGGCCGGUGGCGGCGGCGGCGAUCGCUGCGGCGCGGCCCGGCGGGGGCGGCCCGGGACGGGGUCCGGGACCGGGUGCUGCCUCGGAACCGGUCCCGGAGCUGGUCCCGGAACCGGCCGCCCCCGCCACAGCCGCGGUCUACGUGCACUGGCCCUACUGCCGCAAGCGCUGCUCCUACUGCAACUUCAACAAGUACGUGGUGCCGGUGGUGGACGAGGCGGCCGUGCGCACCUGCCUGGUGCGGGAGGCACGCACCCUGCUCCGCCUCAGCCAGGUGAAGAGCGUCACCUCUGUCUUCUUCGGCGGGGGCACCCCCAGCCUGGCCAGCCCCCACACUGUCGCAGCAGUGUUGGAGGCUAUUGCAGAGGCUGCCCGCCUCCCUGCCGGCACCGAGGUCACGCUGGAGGCCAACCCCAGCUCUGCCAGCACGCCACACCUCGCCGGCUUCAGGGCGGCCGGCGUCAACCGCCUCUCCAUUGGCGUCCAGUCACUGGACGACGCCGAGCUGCAGCUGCUGGGCCGGGAGCACACGGCGGCGGAGGCGCGGGUGGCCGUGGAAGCGGCGCGGCGGCUUUUCCCCGGCCGAACCUCUAUCGACCUCCUCUUUGGGCUGCCGGGGCAGAGUCAGGGCGCCUGGGCCCGGACGCUGGAGGCAGCGCUGGGGCUCUGCGAUGACCACGUCUCCCUGUACCAGCUGACGCUGGAGCGGGGCACGGUGCUGGCAGCGCAGGUCUCGGCGGGGCCCCUGCCCGCACCCCCCCCGGACCUCCUGGCUGACAUGUACCAGACUGCUCGCACCGCACUGGUGGCCGCUGGCUUCCGGCACUACGAGGUCUCCAAUUUUGCAAGGAAGGGCGCCCUCAGCACCCACAACCUCUCAUACUGGCGGGCCGAGCAGUACAUUGGCGUGGGGCCGGGGGCACACGGGCGGUUUGUGCCAUGGGGCGAGGGCGGCCACAGCCGGGAGGCCCGUGUCCAGACGCUGGAGCCCGACGCCUGGAUGCGGGAGGUGCAGAGCCGGGGGCACGGCACCAGGAGGCGGGUGGUGCUGAGCCCGCUGGAGCAGCUGGAGGAGGUGCUCGCCCUGGGGCUGCGCACAGACGAGGGUGUCACACACGAGCGCUGGGGGCAUUUCUCACCCCACCUCAGCCUGGAGGCCGUGUUCGGGGCGCUGGGGGAGGCGAAGGAUCUACAGCAGCAAGGCUGGCUCGUCCUGGAUGGCGGCGGCCUGCGGUGCUCGUGGGAGGGCCUGGCGCUGCUGGACUCCCUGCUGCCCGACCUGCUCUGCCAGCUGCAGCGCUGCUGGGCCCUGCCAGCCGCCCCGGUGCACCCCCGACAGGGAGCUGCACCCGGCUGCGGCAGCGGAGCCCCGAGGAGGAGCCCGACGGGGGACAGGGCCAGUGGCGAGGCCGUGGGGCGCACCGGGCUCGCAGGGGUUGUAAGCGGUGGCAGUGGAGAAUAA